AUGUCUCGCGGCAACCAACGUGAGUUGGCGAGGAAGAAGAACCUGGAGAAGGCCGCAAACAAGCCUAAGAAGACCACUGCUUCCGGCACCGAGCAAGCGAGGCAGAAAGAAACCGCGGCGGCAAUCAUGAGAGCGAAGCAGGCUGCAGCCGAUGCCAGAAAGGCAGCCGCAGCUGCUGCUGGUGACGGGAAGAAGAAAUGA